UAUCCGGAGGAAAAGAAAACAAAUUAGUGAUUCCCGUAGUAGUGGCGAGCGAACUGGGAAUAGCCCAAACCAAUUAUAAGAAGUGGUUGGAAAGCCACACCAAAGAAGGUGAAAGUCCAGUAUUCGAAAUCAAUAGUCCUCUGCAUUUCAUCCUGAGUACCACGAGACACGUGAAAUCUUGUGGGAAUCCACGGGGGCCACCCCAACUUGAAACCAUAACACUUACAAGAAGUCAAAGGGCGUUAAAGCCUAAUGGCGUGCUUUUUGCAGAAUGA